AUGCACUGUCGGUCCCAACACCUCCUAGCCAGUCCCCCUCGUCACCAAUCAGCCACCAAGAGCCUUAGUCACGUCGUGUGGCCUCUAUCCAACAUCAUCGACGACCAUCACGAGUCUCCACCGCGAACCACCGCAGCUCAUAUGCCCACCACGAAACAAACCGCAUCCCCCACCACCCUCACUUCUCCAUGGUCGCAGUCUCCACCCUUGUUCCAAUACCCCUUUCCCCUCUUCGCCAAAACCCUAGUUGCGUUACCCCAUCUCGGCCUCUACGCAUCUCCGCCGCUCACCUAUCUUGGCUAUGCCUCCCCGAAUCAUCUCAGCUUGCUGUGA